ACUUAUAUUAGCGCCUGGACUAUUUUGGGUGUUACAUAUCCACUGCUUUCACUCACCCAAUUCAAUUACUGGAAGCGUCUAACUCGUCACAGAAUGUUGUCCAAUUUAAUCUAUUCAACCAAAUCAUAUGGACUCCUAUUUUCAAGUUAAGUACUUUGUUUUCCUUUUCUAUUCGGCUUGUCACCUAUACCAGUUGGACUCUUUUGGGCCAGUAUUAAUAAUAGCGAGUGGUUAUGGUUAAUUUAAUAUAGGAAUAAUCAACCAUUGCCCAGAUUCGUUCGAUUUGAAUAAGAUUAUUUGGUUGACAAAGUGAUAGAGGCACAACCCGACACCCAGUACGGCACUUAUCAACAAAUGCAAUCUCAUCCCAUAAGAUUUAUUUUUAAUACCAUUGCUUAUAAUUUAUUUAUUUUGCAGUUUACAAAUAUUUACAAGCGAUGGAGGAAUAAAGAAAAUACGCGCCCGUACCAUACUCUAGGAAUGGUAGGAAAAAUCGUGUUAUAUUCAUGUCCUGGAUUUGCCUUCCUCAUCAUCGUGCCUUCUAUAGUCAUUGUCCUGUACGAAGGUUGGAGCUUCGACAAAGCCGUGGAAUUUGCAUUUGGUACACUUACUACUAUUGGAGUGGGACAGGUAGUACCUGGUGUAUUCAGAUCCGACAACGACGUAGUCCACGUGCUGUACAACAGCUUUCUACUAAUAUGGAUUAUCAUCGGGCUUGGAUACGUGGCAAUGGUCUUUGGCUUUAUCACCAAAGGACUUCAAAGUGAAAAGAUGUUUAACCUAGAACAAAAAUUGACUAAUAACAUUAAGAAGACGAAUAAAAAAAUUCGAAAAGAGCUUCGCUAUAUUCUAGACGAUCUCAUUUCUACUCAAUCGUCCAUAUCGCCUGUGUACAGGGAGAGGCGCGUAAAUGUACUAGCCAAGCACAGUAGAACUCAAAGCUGUCCAGAUUUGAGGCAAUUUGUUGAGAGAAAUGGGAAGAGACGAGCGACGUCAGUAUUAUACCCGCUUAUUACAAUAGAGGAUGAAAUGAGCGAAACUCACAUUCAAAGAAUUGAAAGAAUUAAAACACUGGAAAGUAACAUCAAUAUUCAACACAGCGAAUUACUAGAAAAAGUUGUGAACGCUUUAUCGGAUUUUAAGGGGUCCGUUGAAACAGCUGACAGCAUUGGCUCAAGUGGUACUGGUGUUAAUGAUUGUGAAGCCUUUCAUAAAACAAAAGAUCAAGCUCGACAAGAAGAUGCAAUGGGAAAGUGUGGCGAAACACAUAAUCGCAGAGUAACAGUUGGACAUGAACCAGAAUCGCUAUUUUCCAAAUUGAGAAGGAGAAUACGUUCAUCUUUUGUAUCGGAAAAGCUUGACGUUGAUUCCGAAGGUCAGUUAGACGAUCAGACGUUAGUAGCGCAUGCGUCAAAGCCGCCAGAUAACUCGCUUUCCGAUUUUCUGCGAGCGUUAAGCAUAAUCAAUUUUAACGAGAUAUCAAAGCCAAACGGUGACGGUUGCAAAGCCAAUAGCCGACGACGGUUGCCAAUAGUACCGUUGCUACGGCGAACAUCACUAAUUUCAACAGUAUCGUCAAGACUCACUGAUAGACGACGAUCCUCUGAAGACGGAAAAGCGCAUUUUAUAAGAAAUUUUCCUCGGUACAGCGCUUUUGCUAGACCAGUAAUUCCAAAUGGUGGCGUUAACACUAGUUUUUCGAAUACGGACCAAAGAAAUUUUCCAGAAAUUCCUACAAUAUCUAAAUCUUGUACUAAAGGCGAUCUGAACACUUUUACUCAUGUUUAAGUCGACAUUAGAAUAAAUGGUGGGUAGACA